AUGAAGAUCGCGUCUCUGCUGGCACUCACUGGCCUCGGCUACCUCGCCAACCCCGCGUCCGCUGCCAUCUGCGCCGGCGUCACGCCCUACUCGUACCAAGUCGCCGUCCAAACCAACGCCCAGUUUGCACCAGCCAUCAACGAGCUCAAAAAAUACUCGGUCGCAACGUGGUACGUCGACAACGGCGGCAACCCCAUCGAUGCGCUCCUCGCGGCGUGCCCCACCGACACGCCCGUCAUCGUCGUCUACGGUCUGCCCCAAAAGGACUGCGCGGCGGGCUUCUCGGGCGGCGGCAGCAACAGCAAUGCCGACCAGUACAAGGCGUGGAUCCAGUCGCUGGCCAACAAGGUCGGCAACCGCAAGGUCAUCUACAUUCUGGAGCCGGACGCCAUUGGUCUUCUCGCCAACAACAAUUGUGCGACGCAGAACGGGUAUCUCGGCAACCUCCAGAACGCGAUGCGGAUUCUGUCGGCCAACGCCAACGCGCAGAUCUACGCUGACGUCGCAUCGUGGGCCAACCAAGACAAGGCUGUUCCGAUUCUCAAGAGCCUUGGCAAGGUCACGGGUAUCGCGAUCAAUACCUCCAACUACAAGAGUACGGGCGACAUGAACCAGGUGUGCGAGUCGUACUCGAAGCAGACCGGCGGCCUUCACUGCAUCAUUGACACGUCGCGCAACUUUAAUGGGUCGCCGCAGAACGAGUGGUGCAACGCGCGGUCGGGCGGUAUUGGUGCGCCGCCGACGGCGCAGACCGGCAACCCGCUGGUCGACUACUACCUCUGGAUCAAGGUGCCGGGUGAGUCGGACGGGCAGUGCUACGGCCAGUCGAGCGAUGCGUUGAUCGGGCCUGGCGCCGGUCAGUUCUUUCCCGACGGCUUCAAAUCGCUGUGGGACCAGGGCUACUUUGUCGCGCAUGGGUUUCCCAAGAUCGGCCAGACCACGGCGUCGCCGACCAAGGCACCGUCGACGCCCAAGCCGCCGACUCCGGCUCCCGUCACUCAAAAGCCCGUGACGCCGACGCAAAAGCCGGUCACCCCGACACAAAAGCCGGUCACCCCGACGCAGAAGCCGGUGACGCCAAAGCCGUCGCUGCGCACGACAGCGCCUGCGCAAGGGACGGUCCCAGUUUAUGGUCAGUGCGGUGGCAAGUCGUACAACGGUCCGGCAACGUGCGUGGCGGGCAGUGCGUGCAAGUACCAAAACGACUACUACUCACAGUGCUUUCCGACGAGAUAA